UCCUCUGAGGAUCCACGCCCUCUGGUCACUCCUCUGCAGAACGUUGGCGCUCAGUGCCCAGGCAUCCCUGCAAGAGAAGGAGGGUCUGUCAAACUCAAACAAGCAAAGGGAGAGAAAAAAUUUCCCCCAGUGAGUGCUUGCCUCGUGUUUUUCCAGCCAGCAGAUCCAGAGCUCAUCUGAAAUGUAUUAAACCCUGGAGAAAGAAGGAUCCUCUGUAAUCUAGCCGACGCUCCGCAGAGGGAUCCUACGUGUAGCAGCGGCUCUUCUGUCUCACUCUCAGGGCGAAUCAAGGUGUUUUGGGAAGAAUCCUCAUCGACUUGGGGUUAAAGGUCGUCAUUGUUGGAGCUACUUCUUCGGUCCUAUCAUUCCCCUCGCUGCGUACCGAAUCCAUCUCAAGCACAAAGUGAGCAGCUUUCACAUAAACACAGGAAGCACCUGAAGGCUCAGACAGGAAUUACAAGCGUCAGAAAAUGUCUCGCUGGGGGCGUAAAAACGUGAAGAAGGCGCCUGAGGUGAUCCGCACGGUGACAGAGGGGCUGAAGUCUCUGUACCGUAAGAAACUGCUGCCUCUGGAGCAGUACUACGGUUUCCAUGACUUCCACUCCCUCAGCCUGGAGGACGCCGACUUCGACAACAAGCCCAUGGUUCUGGUCGUGGGUCAGUACUCCACUGGAAAAACUACGUUCAUCAAGUAUCUGCUGGAGCAGGAUAUUCCCGGGAGCAGAGUGGGCCCUGAACCCACCACGGACUGCUUCACUGCCGUCAUGCAUGGGGAGGUGGAGGGUGUCAUCCCCGGGAACGCCCUCAUCGUCGACCCCAACAAGCCGUUCCGUAAACUCAACCCCUUUGGAAACACCUUCCUCAACAGAUUCCAGUGCGCCCAGAUGCCCAACCAGGUCCUGGAGAGCAUCAGCAUCAUUGACACCCCGGGCAUCCUGUCCGGCGCCAAGCAGAGAGUCAGCCGAGGUGAGCGGGGUGACAAAGGCUAUGACUUCCCGGCGGUGCUGCGCUGGUUUGCGGAGCGGGUGGACCGCAUCAUCCUGCUGUUCGACGCCCACAAACUGGAGAUCUCAGACGAGUUCUCGGAGGCCAUCGGCGCCCUGAAGGGCAACGAGGACAAGCUGCGGGUGGUGCUGAACAAGGCCGACAUGGUGGGCACCCAGCAGCUGAUGCGGGUCUACGGGGCACUCAUGUGGUCCCUGGGGAAAGUGUUCGGCACCCCGGAGGUCCUGCGCGUCUACAUCGGCUCCUUCUGGUCGGAGCCGCUGCUGGUGCCUGAUAACAGGAAGCUGUUUGAGCUGGAGGAGGAGGAUCUGUUCGCCGACAUCCAAAACCUCCCUCGCAAUGCAGCUCUACGCAAACUCAACGACCUGGUGAAGAGGGCGCGUCUGGUCAGGGUUCAUGCUCAUAUCAUCAGCUACCUGAAGCAGGAGAUGCCGUCUGUCUUCAGGAAGGACAACAAGAAGAAGCAUCUCAUCCAUGAGCUGCCAGUGAUCUUCUCUAAGAUCCAGCUGCAGCACAACAUUUCUGCAGGAGACUUCCCCGACUGCGCCAAGAUGCAGGAACAACUGAUGGCUCACGAUUUCACCAAGUUCAAAAGCCUGAAGCCGAACCUCAUGGUGGCGCUGGACGAGCUGCUGUCCUCCGACAUCGCCAAGCUGAUGCCGCUGCUGCGCCAGGAGGAGCUGGAAGCCGGAGACCAGCCCGGAGUCCAGGGCGGCGCCUUCCUGGGGACCCGGGUUGGGCCCUUCACAGAGGGCGACCCAUUCGCGGAGGAGAACGGCGAGGAACACGAGGAAGAGGAGGACUGGGUGGUGACCAAAGACAAGCCCAAGUACGACGAAAUCUUCUACAACUUGGCGCCCAACGAGGGCAAGCUGAGCGGCACCAAGGCCAAGGACUGGAUGGUGAGCACGCGUCUGCCCAACUCGGUGCUGGGCCGCAUCUGGAAGCUGUCGGACGUGGACCGGGACGGCAUGCUGGAUGACGAGGAGUUCGCCCUGGCCAGCCAUCUGAUCGAGGUGAAGCUGGAGGGCCACGGUCUUCCUCCAGAGCUGCCCAGCCGGCUCAUCCCGCCGUCCAAACGCAGGCAGAAGGGAUCGGAUGCUUAGAAACACAGCAGCAGCCCGACGGAUCCCGCUGCUGGUGCAGUUUGGCUACGGUUUGUGUUGAGUCAGGGCCUUGCUAGGAAAA